CACGCGCACGCGCGCACUCAGAUUUUAGUUCAGUCUGCGCGAGCACUGCGUUACUUCUACAGUGAGACACUUCUCUGGUAACCGGCAUUAACAUCUGAUUGAAACCGACACCAUGGGCGUGGAAGGCUGCACAAAAUGCAUCAAAUACUUGCUGUUCUUCUUCAAUUUCAUUUUCUGGCUUGCUGGUUGUGUAGUGUUGGGGGUUUCACUGUGGCUUCGUCAUGACUCAAAGACAAGCAGUCUUCUGGACCAGAAGUUUGAGGACAUUGAAGCACCCAGCACCUUCUACAUCAGUGUCUACAUCCUGAUUGCUGUUGGUGCUGUGAUGAUGUUUGUUGGAUUCCUUGGUUGCUACGGAGCCAUACAGGAAUCCCAGUGUCUUCUUGGAACAUUCUUCGCCUGCCUGGUCAUUCUGUUUGCCUGUGAGGUUGCUGCUGGUAUCUGGGGAUUCAUGCACAGAGACAAGAUCUCUAAAGACAUGAUCAACUUCUAUGACUCUGUGUACAACAGAGGUGUGUCACAUACCGACCCUGUAAAAAAGCAGACUGCCGCUGAGGUCUUGAAAAUCUUUCAUGAGAUUCUUAACUGCUGUGGCAAAGGGGUGUACUCAUUGGCUGAAAGUUGGCUAUCAAAUGUCUGUCCUGAAAAACUGAAAUUUGCCAGUACAAACUGUCACAAUAAGAUCAGAGAGCUCUUCUCUGAGAAGAUCUACCUGAUUGGAAUUGCUGCACUGGUUGUUGCUGUUAUCAUGAUCUUUGAGAUGAUCUUCAGCAUGGUGCUCUGCUGCGGCAUCAGGAACAGCCCUGUUUACUGAAACAUGUAGGGGCCAGAUACCACCUUUAAAAACAUCUGCCAAAAAAAAUUAUAUUUUGUUUUAUAUCUUUGUUUUAUAUCUACCAACUACUAUUUUGUUUUGUGUCUUCUACCAUUUCCUAAUGUAGUCCGUUCCUUAAAUCUCAUAGAACAAAUUUGUGUUUUGUUUAGUGCAUUUUUGUUACUCACCAACAGCUAUUGUUUAUGUUGUAUUUGGCAAUAUCUAGUUGCAAUCUAUGGCUAUAUAACUAAACUGUUCAGAUAGUUAUAAACACACACAUACACAGAACAUUAUCAUAUGAAGGAUGGAUACAUUUAUAAGCUUGUAGUUUUCUUGUGUUAACGGUUAAGUACUGCUAUUGGUUACUAUAAUUAUUUUCAUAUAUGUACAUGUAUAAACUGUAUAUAUUUGCAGCCCUAUUAUCACUAUUAGACUGCUGUUUGUAUGUACAAGUUACUUCCUGAGAAACCACUAAAUAAACAGCUUUAGCUAGAUAAGAGAGAAGGUCAGAAUACAAUACUUAAUCCAACCGUGACAGAGCAAGGAUUAUUGAAGCUUUCCUGUUAGUGAUGAGUUGAUGAGCACUAGUUUGCUUCUUACACAGUGUGCAAUUUUGUAGAGCUCGUCCAACAGCCAGUCUGUUUAAAACUAAUGGCAAAAGAGUAUUGAUCUAUGGUCAUUGUGUUUCACACAAUAAAACCAAUGAAAUCACAGAUGAGGGAGCUGAUCCUAGAUUUAGAUGCCACUUAUGCUGGAAUGUUUUCCAACUAGUGAUGCUCACUACAAUCAAUCUGAAUAGCAUGAAUUAUGUUUCUUUAUGCUAAGUCUAAUAUAGUGGAUUGUACUUUCCUGCAUGCCUGUCUCUAAAGGAUUUGGACAUAUGUUGAUUCACUGCCCCAGUCACUGGAGAUCUUCUGUCCUGACUCUCUUUGCUGUCUGAAAUAAACCAAACCAUAGAAAGGACUCAUACAUGCUUUCAAGCCUUUUAAAUGAAACACCCUAUCCCUUAAUCACUUGACACAUGACAAAUCCGGAUUGAUUGCUAAUGGAAUUUUCUAUGCUGUCAUAGCUGUAAUGUGUUAUUAUGAUAUCACAAUACUGAAAGAAACAUAAAGUGUUUGCGUGAGUGUAUGUGCACGUGAUAUUUGUUGACAUUGAGUUCAGAAGGACAGUAUUAGUUUGUUUAAGGUUGGUUUGCUCUUCCCUGCCAACGAUAUAACAAAAGUAGUUUCUGUAAUACCUUGCUUCUUUCACUAGGUGGAACUUAAAUACCAUUUACUUUGGCAACUGGUGGCUACACCCCCUUAAAAUGCCUGUGUAUGUGCCUAUCAUGCGCUUCUAGGUGCACUUAAACAAACCUUCCCCAAUAUAAAAACUGAUGCAUAAAUAGCAUUGGAUCGAAGUUUUACUACAUGCAUUAUGCAACCCUGUCUUGUUAACACAUAUUGCCUAUGCUGAUAUGCUUAAAAUGUGUCUUGUAAUACAUAUGUACAGCUACAUAGUAUACUAAUGAUCAUGUGAAGACAAUGUAUGCCUUUAAUUGUGAUAUCUUUUUCUGGUACUUUGUUAAAAGAAGAGAAUCUCAGCAGAGAUUUAAAUUAAAGCAUGUAACAAAUUCAUGAUUUGUUGAGCAUGAUCUUGAAACUUUAAACAUUAUGAAGGUGAUAAGGUUUGUUCAAAUGCAAUCUUGUAGUUAAAACACUUCAGGGUAUUUGAACAGUAUGAAAAAAUGCUGUAACUGUUGUAUCUCACAGUUGUUUGAGACUCAAAUUGACAGCUGUCACUAACAUCUCUGCCCUGACUCAUCAGUUACGGAUUUUGGUCUGGUUUUAUUGCCCAAAUAUAUAGGAAUUAAAUGUAUUUUAAAUAAUG